UUCCAUCAUUUUGUGACCGUCCGAAUAGUCAGUACUAGUAGGGCUGGCUAAUCUCUUCCAUCAUUUUGUGACCGUCCGAGGUGGCUAAUCUCGUGCCUAUUUAAUUAUUUAAUUUGAAUAAUAAGAAAAGUGAACGUGACACAUAUACAGAUAUUCAUACUUUUUAUUGUAAACUCUGCAUUGUUAGAUUCUUUAGAAAUCUAUUUUGUGCGGUUUGUGCAUGUCAUUCACAAUUUAUGUAGCCAUAUUGGAAACAGUUACAUUUCUACAAUAAUGGCAUUUGUUGUUAAUCAAGAAUUUAACAGUUUCGGAGAACUAUUGCAAGUGAAAGAAGCGUAUGAAUGUGCUAAUAAUGUUGUUUUAGUCCGUCGCGAUACACAUUUGUUAAAAGGUGAAGGCGAAAUAGUGAGGAAACUCAUUUACAGUCGACUAUCUUUGCAAUGUAAAGCUGGAAGAGAACGUCCUUCUGAGAGCAAGGGGGUGCGAAAGUCAUCAACAUUUAAGAAAAACUGUCCUAUGAGGAUCAAUAUCGUUUUCAAAGGAGAUAAACUGAAAGUGACAAGUAUGAAUGAAGUCCACGAAAACCACCAAUUAAAUCAGCAAACAUUCCUACACUAUCCCGAGAACGUCCGCUUGUCCAAAGAAGAAAUAAAUUUAGCUUCAACGUCACUUGAGGCUAAUGGCAAGAAAUUCAAAAUUAAGAAUCAACUGAUGGAAGAGAGAAAAAAACAUGGCAAUCAAGCACCGAUUUUAUUAAAAUCAAUACAUAACUUGCAGACCGCAAAACGCAUCGAUAAGGAAAAGGUUAUUCCUGGAGAAAGUGAGCUUGAAAAGUUGUUGUGUAGCAUGCUGAAAGUUCCCGGUGCAAAUGUUCGUGUGCUUAGAGACGAAAACGAUGAACUCGUGUGCAUAUUUUUUCAAGACACAAGAAUGGCAUCGAUAUUUGAUAAAUAUCCAGAGUUAGUGCUGUAUGAUGCAACAUACAAAAUGAACGAGCGUGAAAUGCCUUUAUUUGUUCAAUCCGUUGUUGAUGCUAAUGGAACAACUGAAAUCGUAGCGCUUGCCAUCUGCAAAAGCGAAUCACGAGUCGUAAUAGAAUUCGUAUUAGAUAGUUUCAAAGAGAUAAAUCCGAACUGGACAAAAAUUAAGUGCGUCAUCGGAGACAAGGAUUUCGCCGAUCGAAUUGUUUACAAAGAAAAGUUCAUUGGUGUUGCGUUGCAAAUUUGCUUGUUCCACGUUCUGAGGACAUUCAAUCGUGAAAUAAGUGCAAAGAGAGGCAUAACGAAAGAUGAAAGGCAGAAAGCGUUGGAAAUUUUACAACGGUUAUGUUAUGCGAGUUCUUACGACUAUUACGACGAACAAUAUGAGAAACUGUGUCAACUUAACAUCGAAAGUGUUACGGAAUCCUACAACACGAAUUGGCAUAGUAUAAAGGACGAGUGGACAUUGUGUGGUCUGAACCAGUAUGCAAACUUCUUAAACAAUACGAAUAACAGAAGUGAGAGCAUGAACCAUAAAAUCAAAACCGUUGGAACUCGUAAUUCAAAUCUGUUGACAUUUUUUGAAAAUGUUUCAACUUCAGUGUCAGUGUUAGCGUGAGAAAAGGACAUUAAAGUAUUGCGACAAGACAUGCGUGUUGAACGAAUCAGGUUCCAGGAUGCGAAUCUAUUGAAUUAUCACCAAUUCUUAACACCAUUCGUAUUUUCAAAAAUACAAUUGGAGUUCGGCCAGAUGGAAAUUGUGAAUUUUACCUCUUGUGACACCGACUCUGGAAUAACCAUCUCAGGACGUACAGUAACAAGCUCAAAAUGUUCCUGUAAAUUUCAUUUGAGCAUGGUUUUGCCAUGUCGCCAUAUAUUGCGUUUUCGCAAAGAAAUUGGAAUGGAAUUGUUUGCUCCCGAAUUAUGUGCGCCAAGGUGGACUGCUCAGUAUUACAAUGCAUCUCAUCCAGCGCUACAAAUGAACAUACACAUUCCCGUAACAGUUCCCAUUUACGUCCAAAAAGUUCGUAUACCUGAAGAGAAAGAUAGAUACAGGGCCGCUGCGUCCAUCACAAAGGAAAUUAACACUUUGGUUUCGACAAUGGCAACCGGCCAAUAUACUUUUUUUCUGGAAAAGUUGAAAAACUUUAAAAAUCAAAUUCACACUCCUAUCACCGAUCAUUUCAUUGGUAUUGAUGAAGAAAAUGGUGCUUCACCAUCAUUUCAGGGUGUCGUAAAUUCCGCCAGCAAUGGUCAAAUCGAUCAGUCGAAUGUAGCGCUUGAUGCGUUGGAUUUAUCUGUUCCAAGGAAUUGUAACACCGGUGAAAUGAUUUUGCCCAUUCUCGAAUCGAAUAGAGUUGCCACAACACGGUCAGCUGAUGGUUCGGCUACCAUACCAGCAAAUGGACCGUCUCAUAUGGAAAUCGAUUGCCCUUCUCAAGUAGCAGUAAAUGCGAUAUCGGAUUCACGAUUUGACGCAAAUGAGUCUCGAUUGGUUAUUGUCGGUCCAACAUCAAAAGACAUACAGAAGAUAAAAUUACCACACAAGAAUGCUUCAAUUGGACGACCGAAGGGAUCAUCGACAACAAGCGUCAUUGGCACGAAACGAAAGAAGCUUAAGACGAACCCCGGUGACUCAUCCCCGAAUGGACCUACAAACCUACCCAAAAGAUCCGAUCGAAUAAGAAAUUCAAGAGAAAAAAUGUCUGAAAUGCGUAGAGGAGAAACAAAGAAUAAGACGAGCAAGAAGCAAUAAGUUUAUUUUUUGCAUUGUGAUAAGAUGUAGACAUUAUACCUAAAUAAGAUUUUGAUUUUCUUUUAAUUAA